CAUUAUAUGACAUUGUCGAAAUGUCCUCCUGAUUCCAUGAUGGUAGCAAACUCACUUCGUGAAACAAUGGCGAAGAGCAAAGCAGAGAUUCAAAAGGAGGAAAGAGACAACAGAUAUGAACGAAGACUUCUUGAAAAGAGAAAGAGACAUGAGAUCGACAACAAGGCCUCCACUUCUUCAUCGAUGGCCUCUGCAGCACCUGCACCACCAAUGAAGAAUGGGAGAACACGCAAACAGCAAAAACUUCAAAAUUUGGCACUUGCUCGAGAGAAACAACGCAUUAAGAGGGCUGCAGCAAAACAUGUGAGAAACAACGAUAAUAAUCAAGUCGACAACGAGGCUGAUCGAAUAGAUGAAGGUGCCGCGAAUUCUGACGCUGGCAAAAUUGGAUUAUUUCAAAAAACGGCCUGUAACUUGGCUGAACAUAAUUAAACCAAAAAAAUUGUACCUGAUAAAAUGCGGAAAAAUAUCUU